UCACCGACACCGUGUAGUGCAGUGUUAAAUUGGCGAGAUCAAUAUUAACAAUUUCUACAAAUACAAUCAAACUUUUUAUAAAAUAAAAAAGACAUGCACGGGAAAAUCAUAUUAUUGUGCCAUACAAAAUUAUUACAUUUGAUUUUAAAACUUACAUCGUGUACUUUGAGGUCCAUAAUUAAUAAUCCAUUUUACAGAGACGAUCUUGUCACUCGACACUCGUACAUCCCCGAAAGAGUUGCCAUCUUGAAAAUAUCGAGUUUCGUGAGAUUUGACUUCCAGGUUUUAUUUUCUCUCUCAUUUCAUCGCCAUUCGAUGAAACAUCAAAUUUCUUUCUUUGCGAACAUGAUUUCGAGUUCGAAAAGUUGUUUUGAUGCUGGAAAUACGAAACGGGAGGAGACAUGACGUCAACAGAUAAUUCACAGCUUACAGCUUCACACAGGAGGGCGCUUUUUGUUUCUGUGGCAGCUACAUGUAGCGAAGCAGGAUUCUCAACAGGAGAUAAGGAUUGCUUAGAAACACUCACUGAAAUCAUUCAAAGCUUUAUCACAGAAUUAGGACAAAGCAGUAGGGCAUACUGUGAGCUUGCUUGUCGUUCGUUGCCUAUGGUUACAGAUAUUGCCAUGGCGAUGUCUCAGAUGGGAGUUGACGGCUCAGAUCUCAAGCAAUUUGCACGUAGAAAACAUAAGAUAGUCAUUCCUAAGCAGGACAGAUUGCGACCAACCACUGACCCAUCUGGUUUACAAGUCGGUCAACGUAACAAACAUCCAUCCUAUAUUUAUGAUCAUCUACCAGCCUUUCCUGAUGCUCAUACAUACAUACAAACACCAACUUUCAAACCUCAGGAUAAUGAUUACAAGACCGUACGGGAGAAGGCUGCUUCACAAAGACGUGAUGUAGAAAGAGCUUUGACUAGAUUCAUUGCAAAAACAGGAGAUAAUCAGACACUAUUCCCUGGGGAUAGUAAUCUCUUCCCAUUGAUAGCAUGUACCCCUUCACCUGUACCGUACCUAGAUGCUCUUAUACCUCAGGAACAUGAUAUCUUACAAGAAAGUGAUGAUGAACAAACACAAGAGGGCGACAUUAAAUCAGCGGACGAGAGCGAGGAGAAGAGGGAUUCCCAAGAUACGGAAGGGAAGGUGAAAGGAGCGGAAGAUGAGGGCGCUCAGUCGACACCGGCGAAGAGACGACAUGAUCCUGAGAUCAUUGAUAAUCCAUUCCUAAGACAACCGAAACGGCCACGGUACAAGAAGAAGAAGUGAUUGAGAUGAACUCUAUUCCUGUAUAAUAUUCUGUUGUGCAGUCACAUAGUUGACUGAACGACAUAUAAGUCAACCUGACUCAGAAAAUUAUUUCAGCUACUCGUAGUUGUACGAUCGAUUUUUAUCUUUGGUAAUCCUUUCCUAUGACAACCACAGCUUUUUGGAUCAAGAGAAAGUGACAUGAGAAGAAGUUAGGUAAUACAUUUGAGGAUUAGCUGUUCACUUAUCGAUGUAGCUAGUUCUUCUUCAUGGAUAUACACUAUACAUUAUUGUGGGGGGCGUCGUGGUCUAGUGGUUGUGUCUCUCAAUCUGAGGGAUGUGGGUUCCAGCCAUGGCAUGGUUUCCUUCAGCAAGAUAUUAACCCACUGUGCUGCACUCAACCCAGGUGAGGUGAAUUGGUACCCAGUAGGAAGACAUUCCUCGAAUGCUUGAGUGCCUAAAUGGGCAGUGCAGCUAAAGCCGGGGUAAUAAUAGCAGCGCUUUGUAUCCUCAGGCAAAAAGCGUUUUAUAAAUCUAGCUAUUAUUAUUAUUAUAAUGAGGCUGGUUGUCCAUGUAAAACACAGGAACUGAAAAACAUGGUCAUGUGCUAAAGCAUUCUUAUAUGAAUAUCAAAAGUAUGGGAUCUAACGGUAUCCAUUGGUCCAAACUUUUGCAUAUACGAAAGAAAAAGUAGAAUUUGAAGAAGUUUGUCCUGUUUUAUCUGUUGAUUAUUGCUGAUUGUCGAUCUACAAGAUCUGGUAAUGUUAGGGGAUGCUAGGGACUUUGGGAUAGUGGAUUGAUUGUAAGAAUGGGCCUUGCAGAUUAAGGUCUGUGUUCCAGCAAGUUCUGGACUUGGGCCUGUUUCAUAAAGAUCAAUGAAUGUACUGUUCAUGUUAAGUAUUUAAAAUAAACUGGGAGUCCCAUUAAUUCAAAACAAUAGGCUGCAACAAGUCAUUUCAAUGCUGGUGAUAAAAGCGCAAAUCCAUCUUUGGAUGCUUUCUUUGUGAAUUUGGGCUACAAAGAAUGUAACCAUAUUGGCCCGAAUUCACAAAGGUGGUUUUGAAAACCCACGGUUGAGUCCAUGGUUUAUGCAGAUUUCCUGUAUAAAUUACGCUUAAUUUAGCGCGUAUCGGGCGCGUGUGUAAAAAAUGUCCAAUGCUGAUGCGCGCUUUUGUCACAGUGCGCCAAAUCGAUGCCUGUUGCCGUGGAUAUCCACGCUAUUUUAUUCAUGAGUCUACUGUUUUCAUUAAUGAGUCCACUCUUCAAACAGUGGACUCAUAAAUAAAAUAGCAUAUCUAACCAUGGUAACAGGCAUCGAUUUGGCGCACUGUGACAAAAAUGCCCAUUAGCAUUGGACAUUUUUACACACGCGCCCGAUGCGCGCUAAAUUAAGCGUAAUUUAUACAGGAAAUCUGCAUAAACCAUGGACUCAACCGUGGGUUUUCAAAACCACCUUUGUGAAUUCGGGCCAUUGUGUUUAAUCAUGUGUCAUCUGAUAAUUUGAACACUGAUUAUCAAGUAACAAAUAAAACUUUGAUGUCAAUAACAGCAAA